UUUGUUGUUUUAUUUUUUUUUGGAAAUUUUCGAGAAAAAAGUAGAAAGAAAAUGUCUUACGCUUGCCGCAAAUUAAAGAGCUCCGAGAGGAAAGAGUUGGCCAAAUGGCUGAAGCUGCAGAAUUUGAAAUUGGAUAGACGCAUGCGACAAGAUCUAACGGAUGUGGUGCCAGUGGCAAGAAUAUUUCAAAGAUUCCACAUAAAGCUGGUGAAUAUGCAUUUUUAUACGCACAGAAUUGGCGCCGAUAUGAAACUACAAAACUGGAUGACUUUCAAUCAAAGAGUUUUAAUCAAAUUGGGUCUGGGUCACAACAGACUCGGUUUGGAUCAAUUGGCCAAGGGUCAGGUGGGGGCCAUUGAAUCCCUGCUUUACGAUCUCAUGUCAAUGGGUCGAUCGACACCACCCAAUGCCAAGUUCUUCAAUCAGCAUUCCCAGAAGCAAAAAUAUGCCAUUUCCACCGUUCGGAUAACAAAGAAGCACUCCCUAACACAUGUACCACAAUUGGCACGUAUCGUUUUGAGGAGUCCCAGCGUUCUGUGUGCGGACGUGAAAAGGUUCAUCAGGGGCAGGGUUAUCAAUGUGCCAGAAAAGCUUGUGGCCUACCAGGACUAUUUGGAUGCAUUGCAGGAGUUGCGAGAGAAGGACGCUUGCAUCAAUUCCAUUAGACACAAGACGCAAUAUCUGGAAAGUCUUAUCAAGGUCAAGGACGAGAGAAUUGACGACUUGAUGAAACAAUUGGAACAACUUCUGCAGCAGCAGCAGCAAGAUCAAUAAUUUUAAUUACAUUUUAAUUAUUGCAACUCAACGGAAAUUCUAAGCGAACAGACUAUUAAUGUUGACUAAUAUUAAAGCUCUCGAAAUCUGUCGUUGGCCCUCAUCAUGCUCGCUCGCUGCAAGUGUUAUAUCUUAUCUUUAAUGGAAUUUCGGUUGAAUAAAUGUUCAAUUGAUUGAUUCGUGCGGUAAA